GCAGCAGCGGCGCUACCGGCGUGCAGCACCGCAACGAGGCAAAAGGCCGAUGCCGGCCGCAUAAUUACGAAGCGCUCGGUACCAAGAUUUAAUACCCACACUUUGUUGUUAUUUCCUGUCUUGUCUUGUUCGAAUGGUAGUUUAGCCGGUGAACUGAGCAACAAGGCACACUAUGGAGCAUACGCAGGUCCAUCGAGGGUAUACGGUGACGCUGGUGGUUGAGCCGCCGGUGCCGCUGGAGUCUGUGCCGGACAGGAAGUUCUUCACGUACAACGAGGCGAUAAGAGGAGCUGUUAGGCUACACGUCCUCAAGGAUCUGCCGCUCAAGGACAUCCAGGUGAAGGUGUGCGGUGUGUCGAGCACGGAGGUCAUUGAUGAUAUCCGGCUGUCUAACGGGAAGAAGCGGGAGUGCCACGAGGUGAUGAGCCAUGAAGUGUUCUACGACGUGGUUACACUGUUCCCUCCUGCAAACGUGAAGCAGGUUUCUCAGAAUGACAAGUUCUCACUGACGAGUGGUGACUACGAGUACCAGUUUGAAAUCACGCUUCCCUUCAAGCCUCACUGUGCGAAUGAAGGCUCCAGACAAACAGCCAACUACGUAUCGAACCCGUAUGAAACAGGGUGGAGGAAAGACGGGCAUCACGUCACUUCAUCAGGGAUCAUCCACGAUGGCAAUUCUCCAUUGCCACCAAGCUUUUACGCGUGCUCAUUCCAAGGAGAGGCUAAAGUCUAUUACACUAUCAAGGUGUCGGUACAUAGGCCUGGUGUGUUCCAGAGAUCUUCAAGAUUGAUUUUACCAAUAACUGUUAAACCCCCUGGACCCUUAUCACAUGUCAGGUCUAUGAUAUCGGCUAAAAGGUCGUUUUCUAAACAGUACGUUGUGAAAUUGGCCAUCGACCCAACGUCUUUAUCGUUGACCUCAACGAUCAACAGUUUCCUGACUAAUACUACAGUGCAGCACGUGCCGUUGAAGCUCAGGCUGGAAUUGGUCACACCGGAUACUCUAAUCCCUGGUUCUGAAUUCAAACCACUGUUACGUAUGCAAUUCGCACAUGAGCUUGAUGAACAGUUCCCACCUGUGUACGUCAAGAGCUUCAAGUUCAGCUUAACAAAGAGAGUCAGCAUGAGAACACACUCGUUUAAAACUGCAUUCUCUUCAGAUAUGCCAAUUCGUACAGUUACCGAGCCAUUCCUGUUACAAAUGGAUAAGCGUGUUGAAUAUCACGAUGCUGAAAGGCAAUACAAUACACAGCUGGACCUUUCCAAGCUUGUCCAGGCACAUUUUGACGUGCUCAAGAUCACUCCGAGUUUUAAAACUUGCAACAUGAAGGUACAAUAUUGUUUCUCUGUUGAGCUGGUGAUCGGUACCCAAUAUCAAGGACUGCGUGUUCUUUCAGACGAUAAGACCAUGAUGAUUCAUAACGAUGUGCUUGUGACUGGUCCUGUGGUGGAGGAGCUCGAGUACAGUCGUAUAUUUAACAAUUCCUUGGAUCUACCUCCUCCAAUUGACGACGAUGACGAUGAUCUUGAUGAAGGUGACGAUUUGAGAACGUUGUUUGGACAGGCUAACCCUUCGAGAAGACGCAGCUCAGCCUAUAGCAAAGACAGCGAAGAGCUUCCCCCAUACAGAGAGGCUUCAAACAGAAGGUAG